AUGUGCUCGGGCGACCGUGGUAAUGGUGAUCACGGCGAUGGCGCCGCCAUCAGUCGAACAUACCCCCUACGUGCCAACGUACCGGUAGGGAAACGCAUCAAUCAUCUCUAUCAGAAGCGACUCCCGAACUUUUCUGGGCCAGGCCAAUGGGAAAAGUCCAAUCUGCUUGCCAUGCUUUAUGAUCAGAAUGUCUCAGAGCCACCACAUCUCAGCCUAUCCGUAUGGAGCGCGCCAGGACUGACGCGCCCAACUUUUGCCGAGGCCACCAGCCCAUCAAACGAGUUCCGCCCAACACAGGUGGGGGAAUCGUUCGGGCCAUCGUGGUCUACUCACUGGUUCAAGGUGGACAUAAUUCUUCCGGCUGAGAUGCAGGCUGCCGAGCACAUCGAACUGCAUUGGGACUGCAACAAUGAGGGUACCGUGUGGACGUCCGAUGGUAACCCUCUCCAAGGCCUCACGGGCCGCAAAGAGAGGGUGGAGUGGAUCAUUCCAGACACCUUCCGGGACGGGGCCCAGCAUACGAUUUACAUCGAGAUGGCGUGCAACGGCAUGUUUGGCAAUGGACCUGGUGCCCCGAUCUUCAAGAACAAUCCGGGAGGCGACUCGAUCCAGCCCCCAGACCCCGACAAGAAGUUCGCGUUGGCAACCUCGGAGCUUGUGUCUGUCUUUCUAGACGCUCGCCGGUUGCUGUCCGACUACUCCAUAAUAUCCGAAGCUGCCAUGGAGUUCCCCGAAAACUCUUGGGAGCAGCGUGAGGCCCUGACGGUAGCCAGUCAGAUCAUUGACACGUUCAAGCUGGGCGACAAGAGCUCCGUCACCGCGGCGCGCAAAAUUGCUGCAAGAUACCUGGGGCCAAAUGUCGACUCGGAAGCUGUAUAUGCGGACCCCAGCAGGAGUCCGGACGUCUUUGCGGUUGGGCAUUGUCACAUUGACACAUGCUGGCUGUGGCCCUGGGAGGAGACGAAGCGCAAGGUUGCCAGAUCCUGGUCCAACCAGUGCGAUCUGAUGGAUCGUUACCCAGAGCUGAACUUUGCAUGCUCACAGGCACAACAGUUUGCUUGGCUCAAAGAGAUGUACCCAUAUGUCUUUGAGAGGGUUAAAGCCAAGGUAGCUGCUGGCCAAUUCCACCCGAUUGGUGGCAGCUGGGUUGAGCACGACACCAACAUGCCCAGCGGCGAAUCUCUGGUCAGACAGUUUCUUUACGGGCAGCGGUUUUUCGAAAGCAAUUUUGGCAGCAGGUCAACCACAAGCUUUCUGCCCGAUACUUUUGGACAAAGUCCCCAGAUACCCCAGCUGUGUAGGCAGGCCGGAAUGGAUCGUUUUGUUACCCAAAAGCUUUGCUUCAACAGCGUCAACGACUUCCCGCACACUACGUUUAACUGGGUCUCGCUCGAUGGCAGCCAGGUGCUGUGCCAUAUGCCGCCGGCAAAGACUUAUUGCGCCAAUGGAACACUCGCAGAGAUAAAGCGCAGCGUUGUCGAGCACAGGACACUAGACAAGGACCGGACUUCUCUUAUCUUGUUUGGCAAAGGAGAUGGUGGUGGUGGUCCCACCUGGGAGCAGAUUGAACGACUCCGGAGACUCAGGGGCCUUUCCGACACUACUGGCACGCUCCCGCGAGUGCACCUAGGUAAAACAGUCGACCAGUUCUUUGACCAACUUAUGCCAAAAGCACAAACCUUGCCUACUUGGCAUGGAGAUCUCUACUUUGAGCUCCACAGGGGUGUUUACACGACCCAGGCAAAUACAAAGCUCAAAAACCGGCAAGCAGAGUUCUUGCUCAGAGACAUUGAGAUUCUGGCAACCCUGGCAUCGAUUGAGAGCCCCGAAAGCUACAAGUAUCCGACAAAGCAGCUGCAGCAGAUGUGGGAGGGUGUGCUGCUGUGUCAGUUCCACGACUGUCUCCCUGGCACCGCGAUCAAAAUGUGUUACGACGACUCGGACAAGGUGUAUGCCAAGGUGUUCGAGACUGCAGCCGGACUUUUGCAAACCAUCCACAAGACUCUUGGCCUAUCUCAGGAAUCUGAUAGCAGUCGGCUUGCCAUAAACACACUGCCGUGGCCUCGCGCCGAGCUCGUCAAGACCAAGGAUGGAAAAGAUGUUAUUGCUCGCGGCCGAGGCAUGCUCCUUUCCACCCAGAAUUUCGAGGAGUCCGAGAGCCAAAAGGCCGUGAAGGUGAAAGAAUUGUCUUCGGGCGUAUUUGUGCUAGAGAAUGAAGCUUUCACCGUAACCGUGGAGAAGGGCUGCCUCACCUCGCUCUACGACAAGAGGGCCAAACGGGAGGUCCUGGCAGGCAAGGCAAACCAGUACGCAAUCUACGACGACAAGCCGGUGUACUGGCAAGCUUGGGACGUCGAGGUGUUCCAUCUGGAGACGCGACAAGAGCUGCCUGGCAGCAGCGCGGCGACGACAACCAUCGUCGAAAAUGGCCCUCACCGUGUCAGUGUAGCAACCGAGAUGAAGAUCAGCGAAGUGAGCUCCAUCAAGACGACAAUCUCGCUAUCAGCAUCUCUCCCUGACGAAGGCUAUCUCCCGUACGUCGAAUUCUCUGCAGAGGUCGACUGGCAUGAGAAUAUGAAAUUCCUCAAGGUUGAGUUCCCCGUAGAUAUUCGGCACCACGAAGCAUCGUACGACACCCAGUAUGGUGUUAUUCGCAGGCCGACCCACUACAAUACUUCUUGGGACAUGGCCAAAUUUGAGGUGUGCUCGCACAAGUAUGCCGACCUUUCGGAGCACGGAUACGGCGUGUCUAUCCUCAACGACAGUAAGUACGGGUUUUCGACGGCCGGAAACGUGAUGCGCCUUUCGCUCCUUCGGUCUCCCAAAGCCCCCGACGAUACGGCCGACAUGGGCAAGCACGCGAUCCGCUGGGCCAUCAUGCCGCAUGUCGGCCCUCUCGGGCCCGAUACCGUCCGGGCGUCAUUCAACUUCAACAACCCUCUACGCGUCGUCGGAGCCGGUGACGAUUCGUUGAUUUCCAAGCUUUCCACGCAGCCGUUGACCCUGACCGGCGACAAGAACCUCGUGCUCGACGCGGUGAAGCGGGGCGAAGACGACGCUGAUGUCAGUCGCGGCGACCUGCCGGCGCGACCCCAAGGUCAGAAGUCGGUGAUUGUUCGGGUUUUCGACAGCCUGGGAGGACGUGGCGUCGGGACGGUGCGCUCGCCUUGGAGCCUGGCCAAGGUUGUAAAGACCAACAUAUUGGAAGAUGACGGGGACGAGGUGCCAUUAGCUGAAGAUGGCCGCGGCUUCGAAGUCGACAUUGGGCCGUUCCAGGUGCAGACAUACAGAUUGGUCUUGGCUUAG